UUUCUGCUCGGAAAGACGAAUGGAUUCAAACGAUUCAAACGAGGAUAGCGGCACUUGUCAGCUGCCGGCGUCUGCGGAUGGCAGUGUGGGCAAGAUAGUGUUCACGGAUGACAUUGACGUCCUGGACAUAGUGGACUUCCCCUGCCUAGUGGACGAUGACACGAUAGAGUUCCUGCGCAGUCACGGCCGCAUCUUGUUCCUGUCACGCGGACCUCCCGGGUCGGGCAAAGGGACAGUGGCCACACGGCUCCACGAGCUUUACCCGGGCAGCCGCAUAUACUGGUCCGACAAGAUGUUCCUGACGCCCUUGGCUCCACCCAGGACCAAGGAGACUCUGAAGCAGUCGCAUGAUCUGUGCAUGCAAAAGAUUACCGAGUAUAUGCAGCAGAAUGCACCAGUCAUCAUCAACAGAAACACCAACAUGGGUGUGUGGGAGACAUCCCCGUACCUGCGUAUAGCCGCCAUGUAUGGCUAUACUGUAAUCAUCCUCAACAUCGACAAGAACCUUAUAUUGAAGCCCGAGGUUCUCGCGGUAACCAACAGCAAGGGGCUGGACCAAAGUUACAUGAAAAAUAGACUGAAGCAGUGGGAAAACAUUUAUCCAUACGCAAUGGGAUGGUCGCCAAGGCCUCGGGAUGCUGCGUUCCUGCUGUGCCGUUACAGGGAGCUAUCUGCUGGGCUUGCCAACAAUGGUAUUGUGCUCAAACCAAUCCAGUGUGAGCAGUUUUUCCCCUUCUGCAUCGCAAGAUUAUGCUGGUUUGGAUGGGAUGAGCGAGACAGGCAUUACUGCCACAGCGAACCGGUGAAGAAAGCUUAUGGUUCAAAAGACAGAAUCACCGUCCUCGGCUAUGCUGCAGUUGGGGAUUUAAUUAUGGCUGUUGUUGAGCUCACAGAAGCCCAAGCAGCACUUAUGGGAGGUAGUGAGCUACCAGCUAGCUUGGAGACAGCAAUCUCAAGACAUGCAAAUGACCACGAGUGUGAUGAAAUGCUGUGCACCGUGGACCUGCACAACAUGUCCGUGCAAAAUGAUUCUGACGAGACAGUGGUUUUGGAAGAAGGAGCCGCAUGCCGUGAGCUUCCACCACCAUCGCGAAUGAGCUUCAUUCUCUUGGGCUCUACCACUGCCAAGGCCAUCAAGUACAGCAGUGCUGUGCUGCAUGCCAGUCUUCUGCACAACCACAUGCGCUCUUGGAGGGACACUGGUGCAGCACCAAGGAUGUGUGUGGAUGCCGACGGCGUGUCAGUGUAUGGCACUCCCACUGAUGCAUCGGAUGACAUGUGUCUUCUGAUUACAGACAAGAAGACUGUCAGGUUGGAUGCUAUAUUCACAGGCCACUACCAGGCUCACACUUCAAGAUUAAGUGGCCGCGAUCGAAUGUGGUCAACUGGCAACAAGAAGUGUGUAUCACAAGACCAUCAUACCUUUGAUCGCUACCUGCAAAACACUGCUACCAUGCGGACAGCUCACAGGGAACCAGACAGCUACCCAGCAGAUGUUGUACGGCAAGUGCUGGACUCUGUGGAUGCUCCGUGCCUCAAGCACGAUGGGACUCGGCAAUACCUCAGCACCCAUGGGCGCCUCCUCAUACUGGUGCGUGGCCCUUCUGGCUCAGGCAAGGACAUUGUAGCAGCCAGGCUGGAAGAGCUGUACAUGGGUAGCAGCAAACCGGCUGGUUCGUCAGAUGCUUCCGAGCCCACAACUGCAUCUGUGCCGCCAGGCACUGCCCUUAACAAAAUUGAAGGUUAUAUGAAAAAUGACACACCCGUGCUGUACAGUUACACAGACAUCAUGGUUUGGCAUAUUACGAAGUAUCUCGCACUGGCAUCGAAGUAUGGAUACACAGUCGUUAUCGUCGACAUGCCGCAUCAGCCUGCCUCUGACGCCAAGCAGUCGGCAGCCCAGCCAAGUGUGGCAGCUGCUGUGGCUCCUGAGGCCCCUGCCAGGACAACCACACCCCCGAUGAGGCUCAGCCCUGCACCCCCAAACUCUGUUGCAACCCCGGCGGAUGCCGCAGUCACACCUCCCAUCGCAGAGCCUGUGCUCGCUCUACCGGCAGCCGCUCCAACCACCAUGCCUAUGUCGUCUGACCAGACGGACUCAUUGGCUGGCGAGGAGCAACACAAAAAGGAUGAAGAGAACCUGGGGGUCUUUCGGGAAGUCACUGCCGUAACUCUCGCCGCCAUGAGCAACGCACUGGAGAAGGCCGACGCGGAAACCAAGGAGGAUGUCUCCGAGGCCCCGGCAUCUUGUACGGCGGAAGACAUGGAAGACGGCGAAGAGAAUGAGGAGGCCAAAGAGGAGGAUGAUGAAGAGAAUGGCAGCAAGGAGAGCGGGGAUGCCAAGGCCCCCAUGCUCAAGAACAGCUAUCGCGAGGACCAGUGGAGCCCCCUGAACCCAGAGGGGCGCAAGCAGUACGACCGGCAGUUUUUGCUCAUGCUCCAGGGAGAGCCCAUGUCUCUGACGAAGCCGUUCGGCCUGCCCAACCUAGACAUCAUCAAGGACACGGAUGAUGAAGAGAAUGGCAGCAAGGAGAGCGGAGAUGCCAAGGCCCCCAUGCUCAAGCUCAGCUAUUGCAAGGACCAGUGGAGCCCCCUGAACCCAGAGGGGCGCAAGCAGUACGACCGGCAGUUUUUGCUCAUGCUCCAGGGAAAGCCCAUGUGUCUGAAAAAGCUGUCCGGCCUGCCCAAGCUAGACAUCAUCACGGACACGGCCAUGCUGCACAAGCUUCCCAACCUUCCGCGAGGAGGCCCAUACCAGGGCAGUGGCGAGACUUCAAUAGGUGGUGGCCCCAGCAGAGGAGCCAUGGUUCGUGGUGCCCACCCCGAGCACUUGUUCAUGCCUCCGUACGCGCGUAACAGCGUGCGUGGUGGCGGACCCAGCAGGAGGCAGAGCCAGCCUGGCUGCAGUGGGGACAAGCCCAAGAAGGUCAUCACCCUGUCGAGCUCGCUCCACCCUGGAGCUGCUUGCGGAGCUGUCAAGCUGCAUGUGGCACAAAACGCCUGGAAGCCCUUGCAUAAGUCGGCCGCCGAGAUUGUGGAUGAGGAGGCUGCUUCAGCCAAGGCUCUGAGCAAAGCCAUGGGCGAGUCAAACCAAGUGAAGCGGUGGGAGGAGGUGCACCCCUUUGCCAUGGGGUGGUCUCCAAGGCCCAGAGAUGCAGCAUGGCUCCUACAGCGUUUCCGGCAGAUAAGAAACACACUGCACAAUGAAGAUCCCAAGCUGGCUCCUAGAGAUGUAGCCAGCAGCCAUGUCUACCCGUUCUGUUUGGCAAGGCUCUGCCUUUUUGGUUCUAGUGCGGCCGACAAGGAUUACUGCCUUAGUGAAAAGGUGAGGCAGGCCUACGGGCGAAGCGACACCCUUCGGGUGUUUGGCUAUGCCGUCACUCAAGGCUUUGUGUUUGCCAUGGUAGAGCUGAGUGAUGACCAGGCAACACUCACUGGGCACCUUGACAUUGCGGACGAAAAUGACGGAGAUGUAGGUGCAGUGACACGACAGUUGUCGUUAAGGCUUGGAUUCCGAACAUGGGAAGAAGUCGGCUGCAUCGUCGACUUGGCCAAGUUUGCACCGACAGAAGGAUGUGCUGACAGAAACGAUUUGCACUUUGUUGGAAACCGGAUCAAUCUUAAAGAUCUGCAACCGUCUAGGGUCACCUUUAUGCCUCUUGGCUCGAUUGAUGGGACUGAUUACAGCUACAGCAAAGCUGUUGCCGCUCCUUGGCAAUUGCUGUCAUCAAAGUUGCGAUCUUGGAGAGCAGCGAAAGUCAACUGCGUAAGAAGUGUCAACGACAUCGAAGUUUGUGGAUCAGCGGUGUCAACUGAUGAUGCAUGCCUCCUGGUUAUUGACCAUGCAACCAUAGAGCUGGACGUCGUCUUCACAGGAUACUAUCAGCCUCAUACAACAUCGCUCAGCGGCCGCAGCUGGUCACAUGCACAAAACGCUGGCUCCACAAGACCACCUUUCAAUCGCGGCGGUCGCUGCAGGCCUUUCAAUCGAUUUCACUGAGUGCAACAGUGCGUUGAUGCCAGCAAAUUCGCAGACACCAAAGACAUGCAACAAAGCUAGGUGGUUACUCCACUAUACAAUGACUCACCAUUGCCAUAUGAGCAACAACUGCAAAUCCUUCAUGCUAUCAAAUCGAUGCGUGCUGAUCUUAACAGCAGUAUGUUUUGUUACUGUGUAUCACUAAUUGAACUGACCACAGAAUUUGUAUGGAGCAAACAAGUA